GAUUAAAGGUAUUAUAAAAUUUGAAACAAUUUUACAAUUUUACAAUUUACAAUUGACAAUCUCCCACUUGUUCGAAUAUAUAUAUUUGAGUUAUUAAAUAGUUUAAACACUGUUGGUGUUUUUGAAAGUUUUCUAACUAUAAUAUUUUUGAUUUCUGUAAUAAUUCACAUCUAGAAAUUUGCACUCUUCCAUGCCGCAGAAUAUUGAAUAUAUACUAACAGCUGAAUUUCAUAUUGAUAAGGGUCCUUCAUUGGUCCAUCAAUAUCCAAGUUUAUUGCCUGGGUUAAACAAUUUAUAUUUCUUACCUGAAUUGAUGCUUCCAGAUCAAAUCCAUAAGAGAGAUGAAGAUUUUACCUUAUUUUUAUUAUACAGAAAUACUUAUACUGGAGAAUUUCAAUAUCUUUAUAAUAAAUCAAAAUGUGAACCAGAACCUUAUUUCCUUUAUACUGUGGUUAUAAAUAUUAGAGAUACUAAUUUCAAGCGUGGUUCAAGUAUUAAAUCAUUAUCAAUUAUUACUAAAUUAACUUAUUUCAAGAAUUUCAAACCAUUAUUAUUGAUUGCUUUAGAUAAAUAUUUUAAAAGUAAUGAUUUAAGUAUUAUAAAGGAAUUAUAUCAAGCUGUCAAUGGGAAGGUAUUGGAUAUUUCAACUCCUCUGAAUAAUAUUUCUAUGGUUAAAAAACUAUUGAUAACAUCCAUUCUUGACUUACCAAUUCAAGACAAGAUUUACUAUGAUGAAUUAUUUAGAAGUAAAAUAUUAGGUAUUGAUAAGGAUAGCUUGAUAAAUGAUGAAUUAUAUAUUAGGAAAGAUCUCAGUUUUAAUUCAAUUAUUAACUUCAAUAAUAUGAAUAUUCCAAUUAAGAUACCCAUGAUACAAUUACCUGAUACCUUUGGUGAUUACCUAAAUCCAACUGAUUUAAAUUUUAAACCAAAUUUAAUAAAUUUUUUACAAGCAAAGUUACAAUCCGAUUCUUUAAAUGAUGAAUUAACAGUGUACGGUUUACAGACACCUCCAAUUAUUGUUUUGAUUAAUGCCAUUUUGACUGGGAAAAGAGUUUUAUUUUUAAGUUAUGAUAAUAGUUCAGGUUAUAUAAUUGAUCAUAUUUUAUUAUUAUUAAAAUUAGUGACUGGUGGAGGUAUUUUAACUGGAUUAUUAACCAAUUAUAAUGUUUUCCCUAUAAUAGAUGUUUCUAAGAUAGAUUUAUUAGAAGAAUGUGAUUCAUUUAUUGCGGGAACUAUUAAUCCAUUCUUUAAGAAUAAUGAUAAAUUGUGGGAUCUUUUAUAUGAUCUAGACACCAACGAAUUGAUUAUUUCAAAAGAAAUAGCGAAAGAUGAGGAUGAAUAUGGGUUUAAGAAUUCUAUUAUAAGUGAAGAUGCUAAAUUCCUAUCAAAUUUGCAAUUAUCUUUAUUUAACUAUAAUGAUGACUUAACUACAAUCCAAUUAAUUUUCCGAAGACAUAUUAAUGAAAUUAUUCGAAUAUUGUUGAGCUCAAGGAAUCUUUCAGUAAGUGUCAAUAAAUCAUCAAACUCAAGCCAUAAUAAAGAUAAAACCUCUCAAUUGGUGCUAUUAAUGGAAGGUAUUGGAUAUUUCUGGAAUAAUGAUACUAACAAGCUCUUGGAAAUAUCUACUUAUCAAUUAAUUUCGAAGAAAUUUCAGGAUUUGUUAUAUGAAGAGAAAUUUAAUUACACAUUACAAUUACCAAAUUUGGCUAAUGAAUUGAAUUUGAUGAUUGAUUUGCAUUAUCAAUUACAAAGUUUAAAUAAUAGUAACGCUAGCAAUACACCAGGUACUAAAGUCAUAAAUGAAAGAGAGAUAUGGUUUAAUAUUUUGAAAUAUUUGAUUAGUGGGAAAUCUCUUGAAAUAUUACUAUUAGUCAGUUACCUCAUACCACCUAAUUUCUCAACUAGUUUACAAAGUUCAUCUGCGCAUGGAGGUAAUUUAACAAUAUUUGAUAAAAACAAAGGUAUAGAGUUAUUAUUGAUAAAUUUAUUCAAUAAAGACGAUCAAAUCAAGUCCAACGUCAUUAUGAUUUUACAAGAACUUCAAGAUAACUAUCUUUGUGGUUGGUGCUUGAAGUUUUUCCUCAAAUCCAAUUUGAUUUAUGAAAUGGCAUUUGAAGAUUUGGUGCACAAUUUACCAAAUGAUGAUUGAUAACAUAAGCAUCGUAUAUACACUGUAAUAUAUAUCGAACUAUUAUUAGAAUUG